AUGCGCGGCGACCGCGCCGCCCGCGACACGCGACACAAUAAAGACCACGAUAACUUAAAGUCGUCCCUAAAAAAAGGGAGUAAGGCCAAAAAGCACAGGGUCGUCUUCGACGAGAGUGCCAAUGAGUUCUUCGAGGCCGAUUACAUUAUUGUCGUCCGAGAUGAGUGCGGGUACUCUGAUGAAGGGGAAGGCGAAGAGUGCUCCGGCUGCGGAGCGUGCGAGCGCUACCAAGAGCCGGAGCCGGGGGCCCUCAGUCCGCCCGAGGGAUAUAAGGACAUGGGGUUGUUUAACAGAGACGGGACGCUGCGGGAGCAAGCGUGGUGGGACGCGGGGGAUGUGGUUCUGGUGGGAGAAAGGUCCGGUACGGUGUUUACGCCUCAACAUCUUCAGCUGUUGCGGCGGUUGCAGCGGGAGCGGAUGCUGCGGUCCACGAUCUGUGCCGACUGCGACGCACACGCCGCGCUUCACCAGCCUCUCGAAAUGGAGUAUGGCUACGAAGAGGAAGAGACCAGUGAUGGUGACAGAGAAUUAAGGCCGGCGGUGCGCCGGACCGCCAAGCACAUCGCCGCUGGUGAAGAACGUCCCAGGAUCAAUUCCAGCCAACAAACAACUCCCACUGAGGAAUGUCCACCAGAUCUGUGUAUGGAAGAAACCCAAACGGACGCUGCGCCUGCGCCGUUGACAAGUGAGGACAGUGACGGCGAAGGGCGGCUGUCAGCAGAGAGUUCACCGUUACGACAACGCCGCGGAGGCAUCCUCAAGGGGGGACGUCUUUGGAAGUCACUGGACACAGACAAGGACGUCGAUCAGAAUGACGACCAGCGUUCAACCACUGCCAGCGAUGAGGACGGGUCAGUCACGCCGCGGUCAGUCAGAUUCGUGGACAGAUCCAAUGAAGAGAAACCGAAGGAGGACCACGCUGCAUCUGACAACGAAACUCCUGCGCAGAAGGAAAUUGGCACGACGACACAUAGGCUGGAGACCCCCCUGAUCCUCACGAUCCAAGCGCCGAAGACCAAUUCAGCAGUGCAGCAACUCUUCAACAGCGGACGACCGCCCCCGCCGGCUAUCGAGCCGCAAUUGGUCACUUCGGAAACAUUGAGAGCGUGGGACGCCGGAGUGCGGCCCAAGACCGAGGAGGCGGCUGUGAGGAGAGUGGCUGAGAGGAACGCUCUGAGGUGUUCGUUGCUAAGAAGCGAAGCCAGGAAGAAGCAGAUGCCCAAGCAAGAAACGACUUCGCUAGCAGAACGCAUCCGACUCCUCACGUGCGACGUAGAAGACGACCAAGAAGAGCAAAGAUCUUCGCCCUCCGGGGCGCCCGACAAGUUCUCCAACUCGGACAAGUCGAGCGACAAAUCUAGCGACAAGUCUUACACGAGCGUUGAUAAGAACAACGAGAAGGCCUUUGGGAGUGCUUCGUCAAGUUCUUCAUCUUCCACCUUAUCAGCUCCGGUGCCGAGUCGCCAACAGCCACCAGAUUUGGGUGAUGUCCAUCAGGAACCACAAAAGCCAAGAUCCGAGCCACGACGCCAGUUCCUCUCUACCCUGGCUCCACUGACAGCUUGCGUGGGCAACACAGCUCAUCACGAGGGCUUCUAUUACGUCCCUCCUGGGGACAGAACGUCAGCAGCAGUCGCCACAACUAUAGAUCUGCAGGAGCAUAACGAUGCGCCUGCGCCGGAUGUACUGGCUGGUACUCCAGGUGCUGGUGAAGGAGACGACGGGCUAGCCGCGUUUGCCCGGGCCACGGCGCCCAGGACUGAGAGACUGAGACAGCGGUACGGCCAGGAGUCGCAGCCGGUUAGCAGUGAUGACGAACAUGAUGAUUAUGGGUUCCACCGCCGGCCAGCCGUCCGCGGAAUAGCCGUAAAGCAACAACUGGGUGCCUCCGACGAAAUCCUUCAACAAAUGCAGAAUGACUUGCAACCCUCGCCGGACACCACUUCUGCACAGAUGCCAUCCCACUCCUGUCACCGCACAAACUCGAAUUACUCCUGGCCUUAUUAUUCGGAAGCCAAUUUGAACUCGAGGCCGCAGAGCAGAGCUAGUGCUAACUCCAAUUGGUCCAAAUCUUCGGACUACGUGACAGCCAGACAAUGCAACAGCACGCCCGUGCCGCAACAGCACACCGACGCUUGUUAUGCGCACGCGCAAAGCAUGGCGACGUACGCGCACUACCAGCAGAGGCAACACGAGACCAUGUAUAGGAAUUGCUCGCUUUACGCUAAUGUUGGUUGCUCGGACAGUAGUCAAGAGUUAUACAGCUCGCAGACGAGCUCGGAACAGACGUCCCCAGUGAGGAACGCCCGCUGCCGAAGACCAGAAUCUCCACCACCUAUCCGAAGCCAUCAUCAGCUCCUCUACGUGCCGUACACCAAUCAUUAUCAUUAUCAACAUCACGAUUAUGGAGCGCAUUGGACGAAUACUGAUUACGCGCGAAUGCACUCGUAUUACCAAGCAGCGGCUGCGCAGCAAAUUCGGAGCGGUGCCGGCACUCCGCAACCGGCGGCCAUCCAGCCUCAGAGAGCCCAAUACUCACACGCUCUACAACUACAGACGUUAUGCCCGGCUCCGGCGAGAUACAGGCCUGUCCCAGCUCCGCAGCCGAGCGGCGGGAAGCAGAUGAUAUCAUACUCGGAAAAGGUGGCAGCUCCCCUAUACCAGCCGGCCCCGGGGUCCCCGUCGAGGGCCGCCAGGGGAGCCCCAGAGGGCGCCCCGUCCGGGGUCAACGUCCCCGCCGCCACGUCCCCCAUGACAGCGCCACCGAACCCGGUCUAUUACGCCAUGAACGUCUGACGGGGGGACUAGGUGAAAAUCGUGGUGGGCCCCACAGGCGAGGUCCGUAUCAGCGUACAGCCUCAAGCGCCAUCUGCCGAUCCAGGAAAGAAACCUUCGAGCAAUCCAGAAAAA